UGAUUUCCGAAAUCGAGGACUUAUUCACAGAGCCGUAUCCGAUGUUUUUCAAUAUAACAUGUUGCGAUAAUACACCGCUGCUUAACAAACAUUUAUUUUUUUGCAUGGAAACAAAAAAAAAAAAUCAUCAAUGAAAUUCGUAUAAAUGUAAAAAUCUAAUUGAAUUUUUUUUUAUUUAAGAAUGGUUCUAAGAAGAAUUUUGUCUAUAUAAAUAAUAAAAUAUUAAACACCAACAAAGACAAAAUUAUAAAUAUUAAAUCUAUCUAUACUAAUAUAUAAAUCUACAGUGGUUUUUACGGAUGUUCCGUUAUAACUACCGAACCAUGCACCCGAUUGACUUGAAACUUGGUAUCUAUGUAGAAAAUACAUGUACUUAAUGGAUAGGCUAAUAUUUAUAUGAGUGUUGGACUCCCUAAUAAUAAUGACAAUAAAUAAUAAUGUUAAUUUUGAAUGCAUAGCGAAGCGGGCGACCACGGCUAGUAAGUAUAUAAUUAUAUGGAGUACUUCAGAAUGAAUAAACAAUAAAAGACGUAAUUGUGCUUUCUGUGAUAUAAUAAGAAAACAACUUUUAAAGGCCUUAAUCUCUUUUAAAAUUAAUAUUAAAAUAAAACAAUAAACAGUAUUAAACUAAGUAAGUAAUAAACUAUACAAAACUGAACUCUCUUUUUAUUGAAUGACAGACGUCACUCCAUGACACUGAAUGAAUCUGAAGUAAAAUCAUUUUUAAAAACUAAAGAGUUUUAAAUGUAUAUCAUAUACAAGUUAUGAACCUUAAAUUUUUAUAUGAUAUAUUCGGUUUUGUUCAUUCUGGAACUGACAGGUUAAUGUGUAUGUUUAUUUUAAUAAAAUAAUCACUUGCCCAUAAUUUAUUUUUACUUUUAAUAAAUGUAUCUUUUUUAUUUGAUUGGUUUUGUUAAUUUAAGUAUGUUUCAAUGAUACUAUGUACACAUAUGGACUUGUUGUUGUCUGAAAUAAAAUAAAUCAUUCAUUCAUUCAUUCAUAACCAAACUACGACACAGAUUUCAUUUAUAAAUUAAUUAUAUAAAAAAUUAAUGAUGUGAUAAAAUUAUAAAUCGUUUAUCUUAAGAGGAGUUAAAGAGAUUACGCUAGUGCACCAUCAAUAAAAUAUUUGGUUAAUAUUGAAAUGUAUUUUUUUAUCUAUCAAUAAAUUCGUAACGUUAAUACAAUAUCACCUGUAAACAUUUUAAUCAUUGCAAGAACAAUUUCGCUGCUUCACGCACACAAGACGAAUAAUUCGAAACACUAUGCGAUGUUAUUACAAGCGGCACUAGCCAUCGGCAUGGCGACCCUGGUUGUUACACAGGACAUUGUAGGCCUGAAGUAUAAUUUUCGCGAUGGCUUCUACGAAAAUUUCGAUCAAAGUAAAUGCGGGGCGGCCAGUGAGUGGUUUUUAGUGGAAUACGAAUCUCUGAAAGUACGUAGUCCGUUUGUGAAUUCUAAUGGCGUCAGAGCCACAGCGUUUAGCUGCGCGACCUCGUUCCCAGUGAUUUUGAUACCGGGUACAGUGAUCGAAUUCGUUGUGUUCGUUAAUACAAUUAAUAAGAACAGCGGUGUGACCAUAGUAUUCUUGGAUGAGAACGAGAAUCAGUUGCUGAAAUACGUUUUCGAUAUGACCAGUGAGGAUUUUGUGAGUGGUUGGAGUCGGAUUAUUUUGCCGAUCGACAGGAGCGGUGUUGGAUAUAUCAAUCUAAUUGGACAGAGCGAAGACAACGAAAUAGUUUUAAUCGAUUCAUUCUAUUACAAAACCGAUUUGAGAAAUGAAAGACUCGACGAAAACAGCGACGAGGAGAAUUACAUUUUUGAAACGAAAGACACAAGAAAGCCGAUAUCUAUCGAAAAUGAAAGUUCCGAAACAACUACAGAUAUUGACUUAAUAAUUGACGAUGAUGGAUCGGGCGAACCAGAACCCGAGGAAAUAGGAGACGAAGAAAUAGCUGCCACUCUAGGACCGUGGGCCAUAGCGUUAAUUUCAUUUGGAUCUGUGACUAUUUUGGCCGUUAUUUUAGUUGGAGCUUAUCAUUUCGGUAAAGCUGCUGGAAUCGCAGUCAGCGCGCCCUUCUUCGUAGACUUAGAGCCGAGUGUGAGGAUACCAAGAGUGAGAGCUUUGAGACAAUCGCCUAUAGAACGUAUUGGAAGGACUUGGUGAUAAAUUGAAUCUAUUUACGAGUAUAUUAUAUGCUUCAUUUUGAAAUACGUAACAGAUCUCAGUUAGACUUUUGAUUUUAGAUCAAUAAUUUAAGAGUUUUCAGAAGAAAAAAAAGAGAAGUAUGAGGGUCGUAGGAAUCCGUCAUUGUGACGAGUUUUGGUCCUAUGACCAGCAGUGAACGUCUGUGGGCUAGCAGAUAGAGACGUAUAAUGGCAAAUAAUAAUGUAAUGUAAACCGCUGUGUGUAUUGGUAGCAUUUAGCAUAGCAUUAUGUGUUAAUGAAAUACGUAGCCUUAUGUAAACCAAUUAUGUGUCAGCAAAACCAAUGGCGAUAGGGUACGUCAUGAACAUCGUUUUGCCUAUUCAUUCAAAGCAAGAAUCCGCUCAGAAUACAAGAUGAAAAAGCCAUUAAAAUAUAUUAAGCUGCGUUAUAACUGACUUGUAAAUCUUCGUACCGUAAAAAUACACGCAAGACAUAAUGCCAAUUUUUUUCAGUUCUCAUUAAAUUCCACAAUUUGGAUUUGCAUUAUUUUGCAGGGGCAACUUUUCUAACAUGCUUUAUAAGUUUGGCUUGUAUAUGUCUAAUAUCGUAAUUUUCAUCAAAAUUAUGAUAUAUCUGAUUCAUUUAUAUCUUGCACAUUUAUCAAAGAUUGAGGACAAUGCAAAUAAUUUUAUAGCUUUGGCUUAAUAUCAUGCCCGGAAUUGGAAUAGGAUUAUAAAAAAAAUGUUCAUCUUAUUAUUCAUGCGUGUUUCUGUAGUUUUUAUUAGUGUUUUGUAUACUACAAAAUGUGAGCUGGUUGAACAACUUAUUACUAAUACGAAGCAGUCCUAUGGUCCUUCCAGUUUGAAGGGUGCAAAUAACAGUAUCCUCCAAUACUUUUUAAGGUUCCAUCUCAUCCACCCAUUUCAUGAUCCAUGAAGUAUUCAUGGCCCCUGGUAACAACAGUCUAAUAUAAAUCGGACAGUGGACAUCUAUACUGAUAUACAUGCAUUAAUGACGAGAUAAUGCUACCGCUUAAUUAAUUUUCGAAAUAUAAUUACUUAAAUUUCGUUCUCACUUACGAUGAUAACGGACACGCUUGAAUUAAAUAAAAAAAUUCAAAGAGAAAGUUUUGUACUGCAUUGUAUUAAUCUUCUUAAAUAAAUAUUAAAAAAACAUUAAAA